CGAGGAAGAAACAGAAGGUUCGUCCGACGAAGAAUUAGGAGGAUGGAACAGAAUGCUGGGUCAUGGUAGGGUGAGUCGCUCUAAAGCAAGAAAGCUUCUCGGAUCCUGGGACCUGGAAAGAGUGACUCAGGUUGCAGUAGCCGCGACUAAUGGGUUCGACGCCAGCGUGCUCAAACAAACUCUCCACGGUGUAUCGCACUUUCCGUUCUCAAAUGUCCAUGAUCAGAUAUAGAUCCUUGGCUGUCCGGACUUGCUCGCUUUGGACAUCUUCUCCGUCCUCAAUCGGCUCCCUUCCUUGGACAGACCUCUGAAUACUUCGCCGCCUUCUGUCUCGCUUCAGCUUGAGGACAUCCCAAACUCAAGUCUAUUGUUCCACAACCACCAAUAUGCCUAUUUCCUGGGAACCGGAUCAAGGUCCGAUGCUCGUCGUCGUCAACGGUGUACCCACACUCUACGAGAAAAGAGCCUGGUCCUAUCGCAUCCCACUCCGCGAAGGAGACACAGAACAAAUGUACCAAAUCAUGAUAGAAGCCACACCAGAAAGUAUCCUCAGCCACAGCAGAAUGAUGGAGCUUAGCCAAGCUUUCAACGACAUGUUCGGUCUGGGCGAAUACGAUAUCGAAGAAUGCAUCGUUGAAGGCGAUCCUGAGGAGUUUAUGAUCGCAAAGGGCUAUAAGAUCAGGAAGCAAGAACCAAGAGCCAAGCAAGAGGCAACGGUGAAGAAUGAUAAGAAAGAGCAGUACAUCGAAUGGGAUGGCACGAUAGAUCCUAGAGUGGAUGAUGACACCGACUGGUCGGAAGUGAGCGAAGACGACGUACCGGAGGUGAAGGAGGUGAAGGAGAAGAAGAAGAGAUUGGAGGGAGGAGAGGAGGAGGAAGGUAAGGAAGUCGACCAAGAGCGAAAUGUGGAAGUCAACUCGGCCGCAACAGAACAAAGCUUGAACCGGUAUGAUUACUCUGACCUACUGAGCGCUCUUUCGGGUGCUUCCCCCAGCGAUGCGAAGACGAUGCUCGAGGAAAGGCUUUAUUCAAAGGUCAUGGGCCUCGACAUUUCUGCACAUGUGGCUGGUGUAAUCACUCGUCGCAUGAUGGUCGAAUUCGACAGUUACUACAUCGCCUUUAUGAUCGCAGUUCCGAAUGAGAUUCAGCUCCGGAAGGAGGUCUCCAUCACCAAAUCGACAGUCGAACAAACCACGCGCGAAGAGGCCUUGUCAAAGCGGGAAAUCGAGCUUCCAAUCAACACCCGACUAAACGAAUUCUAUCCGCCUCAACAUGAAAACGAAAAUCAACAACCCUCCGUAGAAUAAGAGUGGCUACAACGAGACGUUCGAGGAUGUCUUUCAAAGCCCAGAUACCAGGCCUUGAUCAGGGUUAUUCAAUCAUCGAAUCAAAUGAUCUCUCGCUCUCUUUAUGAUUUGGAUUGAAUGAAGUAGAUAUGAUGUGAUCUCGCCCAAAGUCGCUGAGAUAAUGCACAGUGAUUCUGGG